UGCCGUAAACGCCACCCGGUUGUUAUUCAGAACGUCAUAUGCCGCGAUGAUAAAUAUUUUUUAAUAAUUUGUGUUCCUUAAAAAACAUUAUCUAUUUACAAUAUCUGAGAAUACUAUGUACUCGGCUUGAUCACACAGGACAGACGUUUAACAUCCACUAUAUAAACAAUGAAGCAAAUAAUCUUACCCAUCAUCUUAUUGGUGCUGCUUGUAGUCAGCUCAGGCGUUGGCGCUAAGAAAUCUCGACAUCACCGGUUGCAAGAAGUACAAGGCAGUAGCAGCGUCCAAGCUGAUGAUUCCGUGCCGUUGUUGCCGGCCAUCAAAACGGGCGACGAGUACGUGGAAUCAGACGAGGAUGUAGAAGAAGACGACGAUGGAGACGAAAACGACGACGAGGGCGAGGAGUCGGCUGAAGUUUUGGAAAAACAGAAUCCGUGUCUGGUGCACUAUUGUGGUCGAGGCGAAGAAUGUGUAGCCGUUGGAGGCGUAGCCCGAUGCAUCUGCACGAGGAAAUGUGGACCGGCAAAGCGCAGAGUGUGCGGUACCGAUGGACAAAUGUACGACAACAGAUGCGAAUUGCACAAAGCCGGUUGCUUGACCGGAGUUAACAUUCAGAUAGACCAUUCAUUUAGAUGCUUCAUACCGUCGGCUUCCAAAGCAAAAAAUAUUCGCGUAUUACCGAAGAUUGAAGACAACGCCGUACAAUCCGAAGACAAAACUAAAGAAGUGAAAACUUGCGACUCACCUCAGUAUGAAAUAAUGAAGGACAAUUUGCUAUUGAUCAAUCACGCCAAACUUAUGUACCAGAAGAGCUGGAACGGCGGAAAGGAAUACAUAGCCAACGCACUGUUCCGGUACUUAGACUUGGACGGUAACGGAUUUUUACAUCAGGACGAACUAGAUAAGAUUACCAAACAGGACAAACUCAAAGACAUAUCGGACGUCUGCGUCGUGUCAGACAUGAUCCGCUUUGAAGACUUGGACAAAGACGGACGACUUGGUUUGAACGAAUUCUACGCGGCCUUCAGUAAGCUUUAUAGCCUAUCCGUGGUGACUCUAGAAAAAGCGCUGGAAGUAAACAGAAUAUCUGCCAAAGUCGGCGACAACGUGGAAAUUCGAUGCGACGUCAAUGGCAACCCACCACCGCCGAUUGUUUGGAAACGGUACUCGGCCGACCUGACGUCACUGGGCGAUGAAGACAUGAGAGUGUUCAGUGAUGGAUCUUUGUACCUUACCAACGUGCAACUGGUUCACGCCGGAAAUUACACGUGCAGAGCUCUGAGGAACUCGGAAGUAACCCAAACGCACGUCUUAACCGUACACACUCUGCCAGAAGUCAAAGUGAUGCCUAAAAUUCAAUCGCGGAAACCGGGCGAGAGAACGUCCAUGUUUUGUCACGUGAUCGGAGAACCGUUCCCGGAGGUAGUAUGGUUGAAAAACGAAGAACGUCUCAAGUUGGACUUGGUGCAAAAGUACAAAGAGAUCGGUAACGGAACCGAAUUAAGCAUCGAAAACAUAGACUACGCGGACACAGGAGCUUACAUGUGCCAGGCUUCCAACACCGGUGGGGUUACCCGGGACAUAUCUUCGUUGAUCGUCCAGGAAGUCUUGACGCCCAGCGCCCCGAAAGAGGAACGUCGGUUCUUCGCAUUCCACGAUUGGGGAGUGUCCGUGUACGAACCCACCGCUUGCCGACUCUACCAUCAGAUCCAGUCGACCGAUAUCAUACCCGGCACUCAGGAAUACGUUUGCGGUAAUAAAGGCGUCAACUGCAGCUGGGGUCAGGCCAUCAACGUGGCUAACCGGUACGUGUACGUGUCCCAGCCGCUCAAAGACCGCGUGCUGGUCAUCAGCAAAAUCCAGAUGGUCGUCGUGGAUGUGGUGAUUACUGACAAAUACCCAGUGUCUCUGCAUUACGUGGCUCAUCUCGAUCAGGUGUGGGUGUUGAACUGGAGAAGGGUGUACGACGACGGCGUGAAGACCAUUCAGGUGAUCCGGGACGCGUCGCAGAAGAGAAAACAUCACACGGUCCAUCCCGAACCCAUCGACGGGCAAUUCGAUUUGGUGCGAAAUCUGUUCAUGCCUACAGCCCAGGACUUGAAUCACUGGUUUAAAUACGGAUACGUGAGCCACGCCAAUCAACGAGGACUGUAUAAACUGGAUUUGGCCAACUUGCGCUACUUGAGAAGCGUCGACCUUUCGCCGUACAACUGUGUACCCCGGUCCCUUCAGUUCUCGUCUUUGUACGGAUUCGUUAUCAUAGAGUGCGAGGAAUUAGGCACCGGACACGCUACCGGCCAAGUGAUUUUGGACUACUUAACCGACACGGUGAUCAACCAGAAACCCAUGGUCAGAGGAAGCCCUUUAGUGUCGCCGGACAGUAGAAUUAUCGUGUCCAUCGACAGAGCUCCAGACGGAGUCACGUUGGUCGUACAACAAGUAAUGGAAUCCGGACUCAAAUUCUCUUUUGACGUCAAAACUACGUUGACGAUUAGCGAUAUCACGUUCUAUCCAUCUCGAACUACACACGGCUACGACUUGUACGCCAGUGCAGCCGACAAAGAAGAUAUACUGUUUUUGAACCUGUCCAACGGUAAAGUGGAAAUGAUAACCGGCGUGGGCAAGGCGAUGAAGCCUUUGCUAGCCGAAUGGGGCAAUCCUAACCGACCGAUAGCAGCUUCUGGUAUUUUUGGCCACUACAUGGUGACGCCGGCGGACGAGGCGCUUUUCGUGGUGAACGGGGAAACACGUACGGUCAACUGCGAAAUCGGCGGUCUCGUCCAUCCAAGGCUGAUCACUUGGGUCACAAUGCAACUACAGUAAAUCCACUGUCGUUGCCACCGUCAUCUGACAACAUAGCUAAAAACAACCAACGCACCGAAUAAUAAACAAGCCGCAAAAUCCGACGGUGGCCGCUAUUUUUUUAACUAACGAUAACAUACAUAAAAACGGCAUGUAUAAUAUUGUUAAUCGGUUUCGGUUAGCCGAUUUGAGUUUUAGUCGCUUUGUCCGUUCCCCGACUUUUCGUCUCUUCUGCCCGGUCAGUACCGCGGACUAGACGGUGCUAUUAUUUAACCUUGACUCUCAAAAGGACCAAUGUCAGUUGAAAAAACAAGACAAAACUUUAAAAAGAUUAUGACAAAUUUUGCAACAAAAAAAAAUAUUAACAGAUCAACACGGAAACUCGUAUAAAUAGAAAACUUUGAAGCUCAUUUGCCAAAAACUUUCAGAAAAUGAGAUUGGUCCUUUUCAGAACCAACGGCACUAUAACUUUUAUUAGUUAUUUACUCAUUAUUUACUUAGGACCGUGACACGGCGCUUUUGAAAAUAUUUUCCAAAUUUAAUUCUUAAAUUAUGCUUGGUAUAUCAUUUGGCAAUGAAAAAAAACGCACUAUUACCAAAGACUGUGCAAGUUUAUUAUUUUAGUUUUCUUUUGUAGCGCUUUUGAGACCUAAUUGAACAACGCAAAAGGUCACUCGCCUUUUAAGUUAAACGGAACUUAUCUAUAGUUAAUAUUAUGUAUGUACAUAAAAUUAAAACUAAGGAAGUAAAAAUUGUAUCUUGGUGUUUUUUCUGUACUACAACUACUAUUUUUAGAACUUUUUUUUUAACCUUUCCGUUAAAUUAGCCCACGGCCGUCCUAUACUUUAUAAGAUGAUCUUUACCUGAAUAUAAUACAUUAAUAUAAUUAUUAUUACUAUACUAUAAUAUAUAUAUAGUGUUUGUAAUUUAUUGUAACAUAAUAUUAUUAUUACAUAAUAAUAUAGUGAUUAUACUUAACAAUAUUAAGUAGUACAUUUAACGAUAUAUUUUUUUUUCUUUAAAUUAUUAUUUACGAUAAGAAUAGGCAGAAACGCCGUCCAAACAAAAAAGUCGUUAAUCGCUCGUGUACCUACCUUGAUCUAAUAUACUUUGUGUGAAUGAAUAAUAAAAAGAAAGAGAAAAAAAGAAACGCGUAUAAUUUAAAAAAUAACUACAAAGACAUCGUCGUUUUAGUUUUGUCGUUAAAAACGAUUUUCUGAUUCCGAGCCAAAAUGUCGUCUCUUGUCGAGCCAACAUUAUUAUAUUUACAAAAAAACGGUGCAAUUUUAUAAGCCAUAUUUCGUUUGCUGACGACUCCGCGUUUUUUAUUUCCGUGUACUUAAAUAUACUUAGUAUUCAAUAGAUAUAUGUAUACGCUUGCCAACGACAUUUCAUUUCAGUAGCAAUAAUUUUAUCGUUUUUGAUUUCCAAGAAAAUAUAUUAUUGCGUCAGCGCUGUUGUAAAAUUAUAUUGUAGUAAUGUUUACUGACUUGCGAUGGCUUUACUUAGAUGUUACUUAUUCGAUGUUUUAUCUUAUCCGCGGGGAGAAGAUUGUUAUACAUAAUAUAAUUUAUAUGGGGAUGGUAAAACACAGUAUUUUUCGGCUAAAAACAAUAAAUACAUAAAGUUUUUUGCAAAAUACAAAAUUAAUUAAUUCGUUUUUUUUUAGUUAAAUAUUGAAUAUGUUAUACCUUUUUAUAAUAAUUAAUUGUCAAUACAAAAAUGUAAUUUGUAUAAAUUAUAUUAAUAAAUAAAAAAUUACUCUUCAGUACAUGUUUAAUUUAAAAAUUGAACACCCAAAUAAAACCUAGGCAAUUGUAAAGCAAAACGGACAUUUCUGAAACCUUAUUUAGUUAAUUUAAAUGCGCUUAUGAAUGUAUACUUCAAUAUUUACACUUCUUUGAAAAAGGCCUAUUAUCUUACCAAUUUUUAAGUAAAAUAAUUUUAAUAACUUAAGUCUUUUAGACCAAAAAAUAUGAUGAUUUGAAGACAAAUAAAAUAAAAUAUAAUUAACGGCUGAAAAAGAACUUCUAAAAAUUAAAAUAAUUAUAAAUAUGUUGUAAAAAUAAUAUUAAUAAUAUAUUUGAUGUACAAGUACUAUAUUUUGCAACUAAAUACGAAAUACAGAAAAGUAUAUCAAUUGCGUAUUUUUAAAUACUUCAAUUAAUGCCCAUACUUGAAUAUACAUAAUAUACAUAUGUAGGGUUUAUCUGCUUUUAAACAACGAUUUCGGGCGCAUACGAAUUGCAUCCAUUUUUUAUCAUAACAUUUAGGGUCAUAAAUUGCUAAUAGCCUCCCAUACCAGGUAUUCAAUAAUUUCCAUUCUGGUUGCCUUGCAAAGGUAUCUGAAUUCCCUCCCAACGAUCCCUUUUAAGCCAGAAAUAUGGUAUAAGGUAUAAUACACUUUUUUUAUAUAGUUUUACAUAUUCACUUGCAAUUAUGAUCUAACAUACUUUUUACGGUUUUAUCAUCGCUGCUUACCUUAGAGAAUCCUCUACACGCAAACUAAAUUUGUAGCCUUUUAAAAUAAAAUAAAAAUGUGAAAAAGGAAAUAUGAAAAAAAAACCGUUUGUUUUGUUCCUUUUUCAUUUAGCAUUUCUCAAAUUACUACUGCUCUAUUAUAAAAUUGCACGAAUUAAAUACAAAAUUAAAAUAAUUUACCAUGCAAUCAGAUUUUCUCAAAAAGCAAUUAAAAAUGAUUUAUUACCUAACGCGGGAGGGCACUAGUACUUUUUGACCUAAAGCGUUACGAUAAGACAUAAAGGUCACCAGAGGCAAUUUGAGUAGUAUUUCAAAGGCAAAUAGUAUAUUAUUUUGACGACUACCUAGAGAUAUGGGAAAAAAUAGUAUGCUCCGAAUAUUUCAUCUCUCUCACUCACUCUCUUUCCCUCGAUAAGUUUCACAUGUUACAAGCAAACAAACAAUAGUACACUAAUUUUAAUAAUAUAUUAUUUAUUUAUAAAUCAUCAUUUGUAUAUGUGUCACGCGAACUGUUAAAUUUGGUUAUUAAAACUGUCAUAAGCGUAUCUAAAAUGUAUUCACAAGUCCGUAGCAGUAAUUUGUAAAUAAACAGAAAACGCAAAAUAAUGUCUGUCGUAAUGUAUUGUUUAUAUUAUAUAACUUUAGAUUAUUAUACUAUGAUUAUUAUAAUUAUUAAAAAUAUAUAAUAUAUUAUAGACAAAAUUAAAUGUGUGCCGUGUAAAAACGAAAUUUUUUUUUUAUA